GACCAUGACGCACACACGGACUGGGUGCGUUGUUGGUUGCUGUUAUUACACAACUCGCCACCGAAAAAGAGAGGCGCAGUAACGUUGUGAAGGCUGCUGCAGUAGCCAUGGGCUGCAUGCUGCUGAUGAGGCAGCUCCUGCUGCUUGUAUGGAAGAACUUCUUGCUUCAGGUCCGUCGUCCGAUUGGCACAGUGGUUGAGCUUGUGUUUCCUUUAUUUGCCCUCGUUGCCAUCUUGGGAAUCAGGCGGAUUCCUGGUCUAGCAGAUUUGAUGCGUACGUGUCCAGUGACGUUCCAGUCCACCGAAUUUAAUUUCCCUCAGGACUAUCUGCUCUAUGCUCCUCCGAACAACAUCACUGAUGCAGUCAUGGACGAAGUAGCGAAUAAGCUAAGUUCUCGGCAUAAUGUGGUGAUUAUGCCAGUAGCGUCUCAAGAUGUAUUUGUCCCUCUCACCCUGGAUAUGUUUCCAGAGAUUGAGGACAGUUACAAUUACACUAGAUAUGGCGCAGUGUAUUUCGACCAACUUGAGGAAUCGGGGAAAGAUCUCAGCUACACUAUCAGGUUCCCUUACGAGAUCAGUUGGUUCACAAAUUACGUUACUGAGGACUUCACCAGUUUAUUCGUAAGAACAUUCAGUCCGUAUGUAGAUUCAGGCUUUAUGGAACUGCAGAGGGCAUUGGAAGAGAGUAUUAUAGAGUAUUAUGCAAAUCAGACAGACAGAGCAGUGCCGGAGAUUGAUCUAAAGAUGAAGCAAUUGCCAUUCCCACCGACUGCAUUCAACUUCUUCCUGCAAGUUCUGGACCUUGGUCUGGGUCUGCUUGUCAUCAUCUCUUUCCUCUAUACUGCCGCUACCAUCACUAAGGAACUGGUGAUAGAGAAGGAAACUCGUAUCAGGGAGUCAAUGUUGAUGAUGGGACUGAGGCAGUGGGUGCUGUGGGCCAGUUGGUUCAUCAAACAACUCCUCUUCAUGUUUGUCUGGGUCGUUGCCUAUACCAUUCUCUUCAAGUAUGCAGGAGUCUGGCCAAGGAGUGAUGGUUUUCUCAUCUUCAUCUUCUUUCUUCUCUACAUCACAUCGAUCAUCGCAUACGGCUUUUUCAUCAGUGUCUGGUUCAGUUCUCCGAGGAUAGCCCUGUUCGUUAGCUUUGUGGUGUUCUUCCUGAGCUACAUCCCAUCUUUCUUCAUUACUGGAUUUGAUCAGCAAAUCCCAUACAAUGGGAAACUUGCCCUGGCUCUGUUCUCCAACACGGCCUUUGACCUCAGACUGAGGGUGAUAUCUAUCCUGGAGCAGUCGCAGCUGGGGCUACAGUGGGACAACGUUUCAGAACCUCUGUCCAUUGAUAACCCUCUCAACAUGGGUGCCGUUUUCGGCAUGCUGAUCUUCGACAUUCUCCUCUAUAUGAUCAUUGCCUGGUAUGUUGAUGCUGUCAAGCCAGGGACAUAUGGAGUCCCAAAACCGCUCUACUUCCCUUUCCUCCCUUCGUAUUGGACUGGGAGACCAUUAGAGUGUCGGAAGAGGUCAGAAGACGAGGUGGUGGAGAGGCCCCCGUGGUAUGAUGGUGGUGCUCAUGAGGAGGAACCCCGAGACAGGGAGGCCGGGAUCAAGAUACAGAACCUCACCAAGACUUAUACACCAGCAAUAUUCUCACUGUUGAAAGGAGAAAAGUUGGCAGUGGACAGUCUGAAUCUCAACAUGUACGAGGGUCAGAUCACUGCUCUCCUGGGCCACAAUGGAGCUGGCAAGACCACCACCAUCUCCAUACUCACCGGAUUCAAAGACGUUACAAAUUGAGAUGAAUGAUGCACAGUGAAGAUUUACGUCUAUACACACCGACGGGAGGUACAGCAGUCAUCAAUGGAUAUGACAUACGGAGCAACAUGGACCAGAUCAGACACAGUCUCGGCAUCUGUCCCCAGCACAAUGUCCUCUUUGACAGACUCACUGUCCUGGAGCACCUCAAGUUCUUCGCAAUACUUAAGGGCAUGCAAUUUGGAAUGAUUGAAGGGGAAGUGGAACACAUGCUGACAGACCUUGAGUUCCAGGACAAGAGAGACACCAUUGCCAACAACCUCUCAGGGGGGAUGAAGAGAAAGCUAAGUGUGAGCAUAGCCCUGAUAGGAGGGUCGAAGACAGUGGUGCUGGACGAGCCAACAUCAGGAAUGGAUCCAUAUGCCAGGAGAGCUACUUGGGACCUGCUGGCCAAGCACAAGGAGGGCAGGACCAUCCUACUCACCACUCACUUCAUGGACGAGGCUGACCUACUGGGAGACAGGAUUGCCAUCAUGGCUGAGGGCAGGUUGAUGUGCUCGGGGUCCUCUCUCUUCCUCAAGAGCAGGUAUGGAGUGGGGUACCACCUGACCCUGGUGAAGGGUAGGUCAUGUGACACUGGUCGACUGAGUGAGCUGAUCAAGUCCACCGUACCUGGUUCCCAGCUGGCAUCAGACGUAAGUGCAGAGCUCACCUUUCUCCUCCCCUUCACCUCCAGCCAACACUUCCCCACCCUCCUGGACACACUCGAGAAUGACCGGGAGAGACUCGGUGUCUCAAGUUACGGUGUGUCACAGACUACAAUGGAGGAAGUGUUUCUCAAAGUCGGAAAAGGCUCUACCAAUGUCUUUGAUGGCUACCAAAAGUCGAGUGGUAUGUCUUGUAUUGUUUCAACUGUACAACUAGAUACCAGUAGAGGUAAAAAUUGGUUCAGUUUCCAUCCGUUUUGCUUCUGGUCAAUUACCUUCAGUUCUAGCGUGUUGCUGAUUCCACUCAGCCCACACCCACUGUGAAUGAAAGGGCUACGUAGAAGUGGAGUACUUGAAUCAAUGAUGAGCAGUAACUGCAUGUAUUGUUGAUAGAAGAAAUAAUUUUCACUUUGCGGCCUUUGCUUCUGGCAAUAAAAUGACAGCCCCCAUACCACAUUGAAUGGAACGAAAUUAGAACACUAAAUGAGCAGUGUUUCGGAAGUAAAUUGUAGCGAACGAACGAAACACACUCUGGAAACAGUACUUUUACUCCUUUUUGAUGUAUUAAUGCUGGUGUAUGUUUUGCGUUUAUGUUUGUGUGCGUGUGUAGCUCCACCAUCAACAGAGCAACAGGUGCCCCUGUCAUCUGGAAAUGAUUGUAUUGAGCUAAUUGAGAUGACAGGAGAGCAACAGGUGCCCCUGUCAUCUGGAAAUGAUUGUAUUGAGCUAAUUGAGAUGACAGGAGAGGAUGGGCCAAUUGCUACUACGACCCCAAAAUACCAGCGUAACACUGGCGUGGUCCUCUGGCUCCAGCAGUUCCUGGCCAUGUUCCUCAAGAGGUACUACAACUCUCUUCGCUACUACGUGGCCGUGGGCACCCAGCUCAUCCUCCCGCUGGU